GGUGGAGAAUGCUCGAAUGUUGACAUAAGGUGGUUUAGGACUCUAUGCAGACAGCAUUGAGCCAGUGAGUCUCUGUUUCACAAAAACGCAUCUAUCAAAUGACCUAACUCCUCUCAUUUCUCAUAUCUAUUUCUCUCUCAUAAAUCUAUUUCUCUCCCUCCCUCCAUGGACCCAACUUCCGACACUCCGCCUCCGCCUACCGCCGUCCCCUUCACGGCGGAACUCAACAACCACGUCCCCACCACGACUGAGGUUAACUCCAUUCCCAACCACCCGCCUUAUGACGAGAUGAUAUACACAGCUAUUGGAGCUCUCAAAGAGAAAAAUGGGUCGAGCAAGCGUGCCAUAGGAAAGUACAUCCAGCAAGUGUACAAGAACCUUCCUACCACUCACUCUGCUCUUCUCACUCAUCACCUCAACCGUUUGAGAUCAGUUAACCUUCUUGUCAUGGUCAAAAAAUCCUAUAAGCUCCCUGGAUCUGAUAAUACUCCACCGUCUCCUCCCUCUCAAGUUCAAAAGACCCGUGGCAGGCCUCCCAAACUGAAACCCCAGCCCACUGCCGACCCUGUCUGGGCUUCUCUUGGCCUGUCCGAUGACCCUACUCCUGCUUCUGCUCCUCAAUCCGAGAAAAGAGGUCCGGGUCGUCCCAGAAAGAUUCUAGGCGUGAGCCCGGGCUCCACAACUUCGCCUGCUCGAAGGGGCCGCCCACCGGGCUCUUCUGGGAAAUCUAAGGUGUCAAGGAGGGUCGGGCGUCCUCCCAAGCCCAAAUCGGUCUCGGGGAUCUCCAGCGGGCUCAAACGACGGGGCCGCCCGCCUAAAGCCAAAUCAAACAUCUCUGUAAUUCCCUUUGCAGCUCCCGUUGCUCCUGGUCAGCCCACUGUACAGCCCAUGAUUCCAGCCCCUUCUGUGCCCAAUGGGUUCCCCAGGCCCAGAGGACGUCCCAGAAAGAUUGUUCCUGCCGGUGGUGCUACACUGCUCACUCUCACCGCUGACGGUGGUGUAGGUGCAGCCCGAGGCCGCGGACGGCCACGCGGAGUCUUUUCUGUGGUUAGGGCCGGUAGGCUCCAGAAGCUCGCAGUUGGAAGGGCUCAGAAUCCUGCAAGAAGGCCGGUGGGCCGCCCUAAAGGAUCAACUGCUGCUGCAAUCAGUGCACAUAAGACUGCUAAUGAAGAUCUAAGGAAGAAGCUUGAACACUUUCAAGCCAAAGUGAAGGAAUCUCUUGGCAUGCUUAAACCGUACUUCAACCAUGAAAGUCCAGUCACUGCAAUUGCUGCAAUUCAAGAGCUGGAAGUGCUGUCAACUUUGGAUCUUAAGGCAGCAUUGAGGGAUGAGACUCAGCAACAGCCAGAGCCACUGCCACUGCCGCAGACACAGGUUUAUGAACAGCAAUAUCCCCCACAGGUGCCGCAACAGCCACAGCUGCAGGAAUUUUUUCAAACACAUGCAUCAGCUCAAAGCGAGGCUUGAAUUUGAUGGAGAACUUGUACAAGUGUUUUUAACUAGGCACAAGACGUGAAAGACGUGUAAAGGGUGUAGGAAGUAGCAGAAAAACUGAUUUCUCUGAGACUGGAAUGACUGCAUUUUAGUUUGUUUUCUCUAGUUUGACCUAUGAAGCAUAACUAGCAGCGGGUACUGAUGAUUCUGUUGUUAUUUAAACUUGUUUUUCGACUUUUACAGUUUCAUUUAGUCACAUUAAUUUGUGUUUUGACGCCUUUUAAUUGUUA